CACUCCAACAACGCGUGUAGAUAUUGUUUUUCUUUACUCGUUGCGCUGUAAAUGUAGUGCUAUGCUCGUCAAUCGCUGGUUUCGACUGUGCUCACUGUGUAGCCGUGUAGUUUACAGCAGUACAGGAAUAAGAGGAGGAUGGAGGACGCUGCCAGGACACACCAGUCUGAAAUAUGCUAACAUUACAGAGGUGCCUUACUGGGGCACAGUAGAAUCAAAACGUCUCAGUCACAGUGAUCUGGGGGACUUGUAUCAGAGCGAGUCUGUCCAGAGGUACCUUCAGCAGCUCAUGGGGGAGUACAGAGACCUCAGCGAGAGGUUACAACAUGUUUAUCUCAACGAGUCUGACAGAAAACAGCUUAUAAAGAAACACACAGAGCUGCUGCCUCUGGCAAAUAUAUUUGGUAGUAUUGAACAAGCCCUGAAAGACCACGAGGAAGUCUUUUCACUACUGAAUGGUUCAGCUGGUACCAAAGAUGAAGACCAACAACUCACCCAGCUGUUAAAGGAGGAGGAAGGGCACAUCUCCAGCAAGAUUUUGGCUUUGAGGAAAGAUUUGAUCAAAGCACUUGUGCCCACUGACCCUCUUGACUCCAGUAAUGUCCUGCUGGAGGUUGUAUCAGGACGAACAACGGGAGGUGACAUCUGUCAGCAAUUCAGCAGAGAAAUGUUUGACAUGUACCAGGGUUUUGCGUCUUACAAGAACUGGGACUUUGAGGUUUAUAACUACACGCCUGCUGAGUAUGGGGGUUUGCACCAUGCAGCGAUACGAAUAACCGGGGACAAUGUGUACAGACACCUGAAGCAUGAAGGAGGAACACACCGGGUGCAGAGGAUCCCUGAGGUGGGCCUCUCCUCCAGGAUGCAGCGUAUCCACACAGGAACCAUGACUAUCAUUAUUCUGCCUCAGCCAGUGGAGUUUGACGUCCACAUCGAUCCAAAGGAUCUUCGCAUUGACACAUUCAGAGCUCGAGGUGCCGGGGGCCAGAGUGUCAACACAACAGACAGCGCAGUGCGCGUCGUUCAUCUCCCCACUGGCAUAACAGCUGAAAGUCAGCAGACUCGCUCUCAGCUGCAAAACAGAGAUACCGCCAUGCGUGUGCUGAGGGCCCGACUCUACCAGAGCAUGAUGGGUAAAGAUACUGAGCAGAGGCAAACAGCACGAAAGCAGCAGGUGGGUACUCGCUCUCAGUCAGAGAGGAUUCGCACCUACAACUUCAGCCAGGAUCGUGUCACAGACCACAGGACUGGAUAUGUCACAAGAGACAUUAAGGAGUUCAUGAGAGGAGGGGCGGCUCUCGAUGACCUGAUCUCUGACGUACUCGAACACGCGGAGAGGGAGUCUCUUCUCGAGAUGGUGGAGAGCAGCAGCGGCAGUCUGAGACAACCAGAGUCUGGACAAUCUGCAGACUGAUGCACAAAACAGCUUCCUGUCAGGUGGACUGAACAUGCAAUAUGUGGUGUAGUGGAUGAUUUUCUCCAACACAUCCUACGGUACUGUGACUGCAUACCAGGACUGAAAAAUAUAUUAUAUCAUCAUUCAUAUUGCAAUUUAUGCUUGUGCAAUAGUCACAUUGCAAAGGAUGCAACAUAAGAGGAACUGCAACCAUUGCUCAUAAUUAAGAGAUUUUUAUUUUUGUAAUAAAAUAUGAAAUUAUAUAUUUUGUGCCAUGGCAAUUCCCUAAAUAAUGCUACAGCUUUACAGAUGAGCAAUAUUUAUGUAUAAAUUAUAAAUAUUUUAGUAUGGUUACUACUUUUCACGGUAAAAACUUGAUGGUAAAGUUGAGUGUCUACACUGAACGUAAACAGACAUCAGUACUGUUUAUGGUGGGUAAGUAUUCUUGAUGGUUCUUUGCCAGUCAGGGUGCGGUAAAACCACAUAUCAGCUUUUUACACUCACUCACCAAGAGCAUGUCACACCCUGUGUAUGUGUGCCAGCUGAACAACAAACUCCAUUUUUUUUUUCUCUGGUCAUCUCUUAUUAUAAAUGAAUGUUUUCUUCACCGUGGCUGGACAUUUUCUAACUGGUAUUAAUUAAUUAUGAUGAUUCUUUAUUCACGCGUGGCUGAAAAGCUUUCCCUCCAAUCAGUUAAAUUUUGAAAAAAAUGAUUUUCUCAGUAUCCAGACAGUCAUCAUUUAUUGAGAUCACAUUUUCCCCAUCUCAUAAUGUAUGACAUUCAUUCACUUUAACUGACAAGUAAUGCAAUGGUGUUUCCACAGGGAUGCCUUACUAGCCUUUCAUAACUUACACUGGUAAAAAAAAUACAGAUGUGGAAAAUACAAAAACUUUUUGAAUUGCUCUGUAUGGAUACAUUUGUGAUUACCAGACUAAGACAUGAAGACAUGUCUUCACUAAAAUGAUCACGCCAGGAUGCCUACAAUAUUGCGUAAACGGGAUAAUACCGACCUGAAGACUAUAAAAGUGUUGCACACCUUCAUUGCGACGGAUCUCGGUACAGAAAAACAGCACUUAUUGUGUCCAAUGGUAGACAUUUUUGGGAUUAGAAAAAAUGUUUUUUCAGCCAAUUUGUCCUAAAAAUGUUUAUACAAAAAAAAAAAAAAAA